AUGUGGAUGUGGCAGGUGCUGAAGAUGGGUCAUGCUGUCACAUUUCUGAUGCUGAUUUGGAUGCUACUACUUACUCUGUCACAUGAAGCAGAACUGGAACAGGCUACAAACUACCUAAAGCGAUAUGGCUACCUGUCUACGUCACUUCUUUAUUCCAAAGAGCAAGGACCACAGCUGGAGCACAUAACUGAGGCACUGGGAGUAUUCCAGAAAGUGACAGACCUACCAGUCACAGGGAGGUUGGACAACGGCACGCUAGACAUGAUGAAAAAGCCUCGUUGUGGCCUUAAGGACCCCUUUAACAACAGAACACUUAAAUAUCGUGUACUCGGUUACUGGCGUAAGAAGAAGCUGACUUAUCGUAUACAUGACUAUGCUCCUGGUCUGGGAAUGACUCAAACACGGGAAGCCAUAAAGUCAGCGUUCAGAUACUGGAGUGAUGUUACACCUCUCAAGUUCUAUGAGGUCACUGAGGGAAACGCAGACAUCAAGAUGUCCUUCCACAAGAGAGACAAUGUCUGCCCUGUGCCAUUUGAUGGACCAGGAGAUGUUUUGGCUCAUGCUGAAGGUCCAGAAUCUGGCAUCGUGCACUUCGAUGCAGAGGAGCUGUGGACUGAGGGGCGAAACUUUGGAGCAAAUCUGAGAAUUGUAGCAGCCCAUGAGAUAGGCCACGCCCUGGGUUUGGACCACUCACAGUAUUCUAGUGCUCUCAUGGGCCCUGUGUACUCUGGAUACCGUGACAAUUUUAAGCUCCAUCCAGAUGAUAUUCAUGGGAUCCAGGCACUGUAUGGUAAACCAGAGAAACAACCAUCGGUUGCCUCAGACUUACCUCCCCCUGAUCCCUGUACUGUCCCACUGGAUGCUAUAAUGUUGGGGCCGUUCCACAAGACAUUUGCAUUCAGUGGCGAGUACGUAUGGACAAUUUCAGAUGAUGGCUUUAACACACCAAUAAGAAUUAACGUUCUGUGGAAGGAGCUGCCUGGUUAUUUAAAUACUGCUGUGCAUUCACAAAGGACCAAGAAAUCCUACUUCCUUAAAGGUGAUCAAGUUUGGAGGUAUUCUGGCUUUAAGUUGGACCAUGGUUAUCCCAAACUGCUUGCUAUACCUCCAAACAUUGAAGCAGCCUUUUACUCCCACAGCAAUAAAAAACUAACUUUUAUCAAGGGUUUGGAGUACUGGCAGUGGGAUGAACUGGGCUCCCCUGAUGACCUGAAACAAUUUCCUAAACCCCUCUCCAAUCUCAUCACUGGGUUCCCGUCUAAUCCAGACGCAGCGUUCACAUGGACUAACGGUCACCUUUACGUUUUUAAAGGAGAUCAGUACUGGCGUGUGGGCCCCAGACACUUCAUCGAGAAGGGUUACCCAUUAAGCAUGAGAGAGCGCUGGAUGCGGUGUGGCCAUUAA